AUGGCAUCAACGUUGUUACUCGCUUCCUUUGCCGUUUUCUUGACGUUAACGUUAACGUUACCAUCUCCGUCAACUUCCACGGAAGUCUCUCGACUCGACGUCCUCGGAUGGGUUUGCAACAACGGCUCCGUCCCGGACGUGGAGGCUUACCGGAGAUCUUAUCAGAUCAAUAUCGAUAGGACCAGAGAUGACAUGAGGAACCUCAAGUUUGGGACACACGAAGACGGUGUUCCUCCUCAGAAGAUGUACUUCUUGUCGCAAUGCGUUAGCGAUCUCUCGCCUGAUGAAUGUAGUCUCUGUUGGUCACGCGCCACCGAUCUCCUCUUUAAUUGUUUUCCGUCCCCCGGUGGUCGGUUUCACCUCGACGGUUGUUUCGUUAGGGCUGAUAAUUACAGCUUCUAUCGCGAGCCUGUUACACGUCAAGACUCCAAGAUAUGUGGUGGUGAUGAGUCGUCGUCGUCUAGAGAAUUCAAAGGCUUAGUAAAGGAAGUAACCAAGUCCAUUGUUGACACGGCUCCAUAUAGUCAAGGCUUCUCGGUGGUGGCUAGGAAGAGCGUACACGGUUUAACUGCUUACGGAUUAGGAAUAUGCCGGCAAACGCUAGACGAAGAGUUGUGUCAACUGUGCUUAGCAGAUGGAGCUUUAUCGGCAACUAGCUGCUCACCAGCCACAGAAGCCUUUGUCAUGAAUGCAGGAUGCUACUUGCGUUACUCUAACUAUACCUUUUAUAACGAGCGUGAAUUGCUUUCUAUGAGUUUAACGAAAGAACAUGUUCUGCGUAUACUGGUGAUUUCUAUGGUGUGUGUCUUGGCUAUUGCAUCUGGAUUCUGGUGUGGAAAAUGCAUUUAUUUGGGAGCUAGUUCAAAGAAGAAGCUUAAAGGAACUAAGACUAAAAAAAGUUAUCACUUGUUUGGACAUCUAAGGAUAGAGAAGGAGUCAAAGUCUGUAUCUAAUAACUCAAACUUGAUGUGCUUUAAGUAUUCAACUCUUGAGAAAGCAACCAACAACUUCAAUGAGAGUUGCAAGCUUGGUGUUGGAGGAUAUGGUGAAGUCUUCAAGGGAACUCUGUCUGACGGUAGAGAGAUCGCUAUAAAACGUUUGCAUAUAUCAGGAAAUAAGACACGAGAAGAGAUUCAUAAUGAAAUAGAUGUGAUUAGCAGAUGCCAACACAAGAACCUGGUCAGGCUUAUAGGUUGCUGCUUCACUAACAUGAAUAGUUUCAUUAUCUAUGAGUUCCUCGCUAAUUCAAGCCUUGAUCACAUCUUGUUUAACCCGGAGAAGAAGAAAGAGCUAGAGUGGAAGAAGAGACGGGCAAUAAUCUUGGGAACAGCAGAAGGGUUGGAGUAUCUUCACGAAGCUUGUAAGAUCAUUCACAGAGAUAUUAAAGCAAGCAACAUUCUGCUAGACUUAAAGUACAAACCGAAAAUCUCAGAUUUUGGUUUAGCAAAGUUCUAUCCAGAAGGUGGCAAAGACAUCCCUUCUUCCUCUCCCUCUCCUUCUCCCAUUGCUGGCACACUAGGAUACAUGGCUCCUGAAUACAUUAGUAAGGGAAUACUAAGCAACAAAAUCGACGCUUAUAGCUUUGGAGUCCUUGUUCUUGAAAUAACCAGCGGUUUUAGAAACAAUAAGUUCCGGUCUGAUAACUCCCUUGAAACCUUAGUUACUCAAGUUUGGAAAUGUUAUGCUUUUGACAAGAUGGAGGAGAUGAUAGACAAAGAUAUGGAAGAAGAGACAGAUAAGUCAGAAGUGAAGAGAGUGAUGCAGAUCGGUUUGUUGUGCACACAAGAGUCUCCACAGCUUCGUCCAACGAUGUCUAAGCUUAUAGAAAUGAUUAAUUCUACGGAUCUUGUAUUGCCCACUCCUACUAAACCACCUUUCCUUCAUGAUUCCAUGUAGAAAUCAUAUUCAUACUUUUUGUAUAAAUCCUCCACUCUUCUUACUGUUCAUAACAACACAUCACAAAAAGUGUAUUUCGUUUCAUAUUAUGUCAUUAUUUAUAUCUUGUUCUCCUUAUUAGCCCAGCCCAGCCCAGGCCCAUUUUUAAUUAAACAUAAGCAACAACAGUUUAAGCAACAAGAAGAAGGAAAUAGUUGAGAAAGAAGAACUAUU